CUCUAGUGCCCAAAACCUCAUUGACCGUUCACGCCAACAAGACCAUUUCGUGUGUUCAACACUUUCUACACAGAAACAUCCAGCUCCUGGAUUGAUCUAAUACCCAAUUGCAUUUCGAAUACCACUGGUAUUCUACUACGCUCUAUUUCUGUUGCCCUGCAACACCUACCGACCUUGCACACCAGCCAAGCGGUGUGAAAAUUUCUGAGGUAUUUUCCUCACACACCAAGCUUCACACAGUCGCAGGUCUGGAAAACCCAACCAGUCCAGCCCUGGGUGUCACAUUCAGGACAUAACGAUCAACAAGCUCCUUGUAGCAGCUUCAUGAGCCGCAAGGAUCUGCUACGCUUCCUGUCCAAGCCUGCAAAGCCACGAUAACACCAAUUACUCAAAAACACAAUUCCUUCACACCGAUCUUGAUCGACUAUCGAACACUUGCCCGCAAGUGUCCAUCGCGCUGCUUAUCGGUGCCGUGACCGGUAUCGAAUUUUGAUCAGAAAGAGACGAAAAAUACUGCCCACAAUUCCGUUCGUGCAGGAAAUCUUCUUCCUCCUCACCUCCUUCCGGCCUCCCUAACGACCCCUUUGGAAGGGAAUUUAAUAUCACACCGAGCAUUGCUGCUGGCAAAAGCCAGCCUCCAUUUUUCCCACAGAUUAGUGGGCCUUCUCUUCUCAGGCGGACACCGCAUUGUUCGUCUGGGCGGCAGAUAGUGCUUCACUGACUCUUGAGAUCAGUGUUUCCUGACAUCUAGCCUCCUUUCAACCGUUCUCUCCAGUCGACUCCGUCCGUGAGGUCGAUAAGGAUAUGGUACAUAUUGGGAUCCCCCCGCAUUAUACCACUUCACCAUCGAGCUUUAGUCAUAGUACAUCUUUGACUAUCAAUCGUGAAGUUGCGCUAGAUCUUGAUUCUAGCAAUGCAUUUGAAGGCCCUGAAAAGCUUUUAGAAGUAUGGUUUAGUCCAUCUGCAAAUGCUCUCCAUCGCUGUUCGGAGCCGCUAGGCCUCAAGGCUGUGCCUGCCGAAAUCUGGAAGUCCAUGCUUGACCUGGUCAAUUGUAAGGUCUUGUCCAUCGUCGAAUCCGAGGAUGUCGAUGCCUAUCUCCUUUCGGAAUCGAGCAUGUUCGUCUUUCCACACAAGCUCAUUUUGAAAACAUGUGGCACUACCACCUUGCUUUGUGGUCUCCCACGUAUUCUGGAGAUCGCGACUCUCUUCGGUGGCUUUGCACGCUCCACUGCGCCAUCUUCGCGUGGCAUCGCCGUCGCCGCCGCUCCGUAUCGCGUUUUCUACAGCCGCAAGAACUACCUCUUCCCCGAUCGACAGCGAGGCCCUCACCGCAGUUGGCGUGACGAGGUCUACGCUCUCGACAAGCUUUUCGUGGGAGGAAGUGCCUACAUGAUCGGCAAGAUGAACGGCGAGCAUUGGUACCUCUACUUGACCGAGCCGUAUACCAUGUUGACGCCACCGGCCAGCCCACAGAGCUUGGACAGUCCGGGCACUGAGACCAAGGUUCUGGACUUGCCGACUUCGCUCACGAUCGACCGUGGUUCCAGGGUCUGCGAGGGAGAAGACGAAACUCUGGAGGUGCUCAUGACUGAUCUGGACGAAGAGAAUGCUAAGCAAUUCUACCUCGACCAUGCGAGUGCGGUCGCAGAAGAUCAGUGGAGAGGGUCCCAACAGAGUCAAGAUGACCACGUCGACGUCUUCAGCAACGCCUCGUCCGACGCUGAUAUCUCGAUGAAGGAGGAACCCUACCCCGCCGAGCUCACCACCGAAGGCCACGCCCUUGGGACCGUGGUCUCCGAAGCCUGUGGCUUGUCUGACGUUUACCCGUCCCACAAGUACCCGGAUGCGCGCGUGGACGCUUACCUGUUCACCCCCUGCGGCUUCUCGGCCAACGGUGUCAUCCCGGCACCCCCGGGCGAAAAGGGCACCCACUACUUCACCGUGCACGUCACCCCCGAGCCGAUCUGCUCCUACGCCUCGUUCGAGACUAGUGUCCCCGUCGGGCAAAAGGGCCGGGAGACGACCGACAUCGUCCAGCACGUGGUGGACAUCUUCAAGCCCGGCCGGUUCAGCGUCACCCUCUUCGAGGCCAAGACCAACUACGAGGAACAGAGCUGCGCCGACCAGGACCAGCUCGCCGAGAUCAGGAUGCUCGAGCGCAAGGUGGCCCGUCGCAACGCCAAGAUGGACUCCAUCAACGGGUACCGCCGCGUCGACCGCAUCGUCCACGACCUCGACGGCUACGAUUUGGUCUUUCGUUACUACGAACGUCACGACUGGAAGGGGGGUGCGCCACGCAUCGGGGAACGAGUGUUUUGAGUUUUGCCCUGUUUGGGUUCUCCCUUUGGACCUGCCUCUGGAGAAUCGCCCGUCGCAGAUACGUCGGCCGAGCCUCCUUGAAUUUUCGUGUCGAUUUUUUGUUCUUGUUUUUUUCGCCAGAGUAGGGUUUGCCUUUAUUGACUCCCCGACGAGUAACGAGGCAAACCAAUCCGAUCCUUAGUGGCCUAGUGAUCCUUUUAAAGACUGUACCUAGGUCAAUGAAAUAUGCACGCGCGGUUCUUGUUCAAUUGAAUACACCAUUUCUGUCCGUAGAUCUGCCGCCUUGCCUCUCGUGGACGGUCCAAGUGCAGCCGUUUCCCGUCUCCCCCGCCAGAAUAUCCAUCACCUGGUCUUCAACGUCAUUCAAGUGAGACGGUGCAUGGUCGGACAGUAUCUUACGUCGUGCCUGAGAUUGCGCAGUCUGUCUCGAACUUUUUCAUUUAUUUACCAGAGAGGACCGCAGCAUCGAUUGGCUACAGAUCUACUUUUACGGAGGACAAAAAGAGCAGAAUAUAAAUUUCCCCUUCUCAACUCGCUCAAUAUCACACACUAUUCUUUCCGAGCUCCUUGGGACUGGAAGCUGCGAGUCAAGCAAAGGUAUAGAUAUCUAGCUCCUAGCUUUACUCUACGAAACUCCAUCUUCUUUUUUAAAUGCUAGAAAAGGC